GGAGGAGGAUCUCUCCCCACAAGUUUACUUUGCCCUUUGAGGGAGAUGAGUUUCAGCCUCAACAAACGCGCCGUGAGAGGACCGGUGCGUGGGGAGUAAAAAGCUUGAGAGCACGCUGAAAUCUGCUGAAUUCAGGAUUACCGGCGGGCCAUGGACGCUUCGGUGUAGCGGAGUUUGUGUGCGGAUUCCCGGGUUGUGCGCCUGCAGCUGAGCGGACCGCGCAGCGCGACUCCAGGCGGCUCUGAAGGAAACCAUAUCUGGUCAAAGUAUUCGUUGCUGUCACACAGCGGGACCGUCCGGCUAUAAAUAGCGCUGGAGGAGGAGGACCGACUCUUUGCCAAGGAGCGCUGCAGGGCACUUGAUGUUCUGUUGCUUUUAUAUACCUGAGCUGGGGGGACACUGAGAUAAAGAUUCUUGUUUCCAAACUUUGGGAUCCCUGUGAGCCUCUGGUUUCCUACAUUUGAUCUUUCUCGUUUGGAAGGGUUAUCGAGAGGUGUGCUGUCCAUCAUGUCGGUGCUGAAGAAGGAGAUGGAGAAAUACAGGGACAUAGACGAGGACGAGCUGCUGAAGAAGCUGUCGGAGGAAGAGCUGCAGCGAUUAGAGGAUGAGUUAGAGGAGCUGGAUCCUGACAACGCAUUGUUGCCAGCUGGGAUGCGGCAGAAAGACCAGACAAAGAAAGCUCCGACGGGGUCGUUUCAGAGAGACAAUCUACUCGCCCAUCUGGAGAAACAGGCCAAAGAGCAUCCUGACAAAGAAGACCUGGUGCCCUACACGGGGGAGAAGAGAGGUAAAGCCUGGGUGCCUAAGAAGAUCGUGGAUCCCAUCAUGGAGAACGUGACUCUGGAGCCGGAGCUAGAAGAAGCCCUGGCGAGUGCUUCUGAUGCUGAACUGUGUGAUAUCGCAGCCAUCCUGGGUAUGCACACCCUGAUGAGUAACCAGCAGUACUAUGAAGCCCUGGCCAGCAGCACCAUAGUCAACAAGCAAGGCCUCAACAGUGUGAUCCAGUGCACCCAGUAUAAACCAGUCCCCGAUGAAGAGCCUAACGACACCGACGUAGAAGAGACCCUGCAGAGAAUGAAGAGGAACGACCCAGACCUGGUCGAGGUCAACCUCAACAACAUCAGAAACAUCCCCAUCAAGACUCUGAAGGCGUAUGCAGAGGCUCUGAUCACUAACAGUGUGGUGGAGAGGUUUAGUAUUGUUGGAACCCGGAGCAACGACCCCGUAGCGUUUGCCCUGGCAGAGAUGUUGAAGGUGAACACGACGCUGAAGAGCCUGAACGUUGAGUCUAACUUCAUCACAGGAACAGGAAUCCUGUCCCUCAUCGGGUCACUGCAGGGUAACACCACGCUACAUGAGCUCAAGAUAGACAAUCAGAGCCAGCCGUUAGGCAACAAGGUUGAGAUGGAGAUAGCCAGCAUGCUGGAGAAAAACACCACGCUGCUGAAGUUUGGAUAUCACUUCACCCAGCAGGGCCCGCGCCUCCGGGGCUCCAACGCCAUGAUGAACAACAACGACCUGGCCCGGGCCGUCAGGUCAGAGUCAGACGGCUCCUUCACCCUCACUCUGUCCGUGCCUGAGCUGGAGCGAGCCUUUGGGAAAAAGUUCAAGUCCAAGACUAAUAAGAAAGAGAAGGCUUGAGGGAGGACCCAUCUUCCCCAAGUGUCGGACGAAUGUGUAGAAACCGGAGCUACUCUCAACCCUCUGACCCCCCAAUCUCCCCCGACCAUCUUUACACACCUCGACUCGGUACCCUCCUCCGCCUCUCCUCUUGACGGCCUGCAGAAGUCCGUGAACACACCUUCAGGUUCAAAUGUUGAGAGUUUGGAGGCAACCUCUGAACUCUCUCUCUACUUUCUAAGCCUCUGUUUAACGUCAAGGAGCGCUCAGUGCAUGCAGACGGUGAGAUUUUAUACAGAUUAUUUUGUGUUCUUUUGAGAAGUUUAAAUUGGAUCAAGGCUUGAAAUGCUGUAAGUCUUUGUACAAACUAACCAGACGAGGCUUUCUUUUGUCGUGAUGAAUCAUUUCAUAUCGCUUCGAGAGUGUCUCAUAUCCUUUGUAAAGAGGGCGGGAGGUCUGGUUUUACAUGGCGGCUCGUUAAAAGAUGGCGGGGAACUUUAAGCCGUCCCUGUUUCUCUGUAGGAGUUGAAUGAAUUCUAAUUAUUCUGUAAAUGAGUUGUGCUUUUCUCUGACGCUGUUCCCAAAAGCUUCGAGUGUCUCCGAAGCUGAAGUCCCAUCACGACGAGUUCUUUAGUUGUAGACUGAAUGGAUUCAUAAAGCUGACUCCUGUGAGAUGUGUUGCUAUUUAUUAGCAGAGUAUAUUUAUUUGUGACGGUUAUAGGACAGAGAAGACGUUUCAAUACACAACAAAGCUUGGGUUGAUUGCUCUGCAGAGUGUUAAAACGUUUAGUGUCUGCAUAUCAAACUGUUAAGCUCUGAAUACGUGUUUCUGUGCAACAUGAGGAAGCCUUCAGGUUCUGCAGAGGAUUUCUGCUAGCUGGGAAUAGCAGAGGCAGGACAAAAUAACCCACAGAAACAGUAUUCUUAUUUAGACUUUAUAACUUUAUAGCAUUAAUGACACACACUUUUGAAACGUUUGGAUACCAUGUGUUUUAAAACGAUGUAUGAUGGUUCAUAUCGAAAAGGAAGAAUGUGCAACCUUUUUUAAUCCAGUAGAUGUCGCCCUUGAGCACCAGCAUGAAACCAAAACAAACUGCUGUUUGGCCACACCUCCAACCCCCCUCCCCUUUAGCGCAAGUGGCGGACGUAAUUGUCCUUAGCUCGAGCUGCAAUCACCUGUGUCCUGCAUUGGUGUGUUAGCAUGCUAAUGUUAGCGCUCUUUAGUUAGCUCGUAGCUUCACAUUGCAUGUAAACCGACACAGAAUGAGCGUGAUCCAAAAACUCUUAAGUGACAUUCAAAUAAUCAGUGAGUAUGUUCUUCUUCUUCUCUAUAGUCCUUGACUAAAACAGCUUUUAUACUCAAGGGGAGGAGCCGGCCGUCCCGUCCAUGUAAACACGGCUCUGACAACAACACAGCCAGCGGGACUCGAGCUUCUCACUCAUUGUAGACAGUCAUGAGUCAGAGACACAUUUACACAGUAUAGACUUGAUCUCUGCUGUAUUUAUGUCUAACAUGUCGCACAUUCUUCCUUUUAAAAAAAACAUCUUUUUCAUUAGACAGGUGCGUAGAAGACGAGUGAAGCCAUCAGACAUGCAGUCACACUCCUGCACACGCUGUCUAAAUAUGUUGGCAACAUUUCGGUGUGUUGCCAACGUGUGCAUUUUUAAAAAAUGUGCAGGAGUUUGCUUGCCAUUUUUGCUCAUUUAAAACAAGAAAUUGCCCUUUAUUGGGCGCCUAGGACUUCUACUUGUGUUUCUGCACGGUGUCCAAUCAGGUAUCGGUGUCGUUCGAUUUUUACGAUGGUCGUACUGAAGUUUAAAAUUCAGGUAUCAUAACAACUUUAAACCUAAAUCAGGUGAUAACAGCCUGAAAGGACUUCUGUUACACCUUGAACCAGGUCAGGCUCGAUGAUUGUUUGUGUUCAUGUGUUUUUACUGGAGCUUCGAUGUGUGAUGUCAUACGAAGCCAGCUGGUACUGUUCAUUACAGGUUUUCCUUUGAAGAGCCUGAACCCAAACGUUUUGUAGUAAUUCAGCCGUCUGACCCUUCAGUGUAUCAUUUAUUCUUUUAAUGUUCAAUUGA